AUUUUUAAUAAUUCAGCUAAAAUUAUAUUCUUCUUUAUCUUAAUUACAGGUACAAUAAUCACAGUAUCAUCUAAUUCUUGAUUGGGAGCUUGAAUAGGUCUAGAAAUUAAUUUAUUAUCUUUUAUCCCCCUAAUAAAUAGUAAUAAUUUAAUAUCUACAGAAGCCUCUCUUAAGUAUUUCCUAACUCAAGCCUUAGCCUCAGCAGUAUUAUUAUUUGCUAUUAUAAUGAGAUAUUUAAACAAUUUUCCUGUCACACAAGAAAAUUCUUUAUAUAAUGACUUAAUUAUUACAUCGUCACUAUUAUUAAAAAGAGGGGCAGCCCCCUUUCAUUUCUGAUUUCCAAAUGUUAUAGAAGGCUUAUCGUGAAUAAACGCUUUAACUUUAAUAACCUGACAAAAAAUUGCCCCUCUUAUAUUAAUCUCCUACAUUUCGCCAAACAAUUUUAUUCUUUUAGUAAUCUUUACAUCAACCAUUGUAGGAUCUUUAGGAGGAUUAAAUCAAACUUCCUUACGAAAGUUAAUAGCCUUUUCCUCUAUCAACCACCUAGGUUGAAUAUUAGCGGCUAUACAAACUAGUGAAUCCAUAUGAUUAAUUUAUUUUUCAUUUUAUUCAUUUUUAUCCUUCAGUCUAACCUUCAUAUUCAACAAUUUUAAAAUAUUCCACAUCAAUCAACUAUUCGAUUCAUUUUUUAGAUCAAAAAUUUUAAAAUUUAUAUUAUUUCUUAAUCUUCUAUCCUUAGGUGGGCUACCUCCAUUCAUUGGGUUUCUACCUAAAUGGUUGGUUAUUCAGAUAUUAGUUCUAAAAAGACAAUACAUUUUAGUAACCAUCAUAACUGUAAUAACUUUAAUUACAUUAUUUUUUUAUCUACGACUAUGUUUUGCAGCUUUUAUAAUAAACUACUACGAAAAUAAUUGAACGGUAAAUAUAUUCAUCAACAAUUUUUCUUUUAAAACUAUACUUAUUUUAUCUUUCAUCUCUACAUUUAGAUUAGUACUAGUUUCCCUAGUCUACCUAUUCUUGUAA